CCACGUUCUGACGGCGAACGAGUAUCAAAUCAUUGGAAAUGAAGCGUUUUGUUGCAUUUUUGGCAUUUAUCCCAAUUGUACCCAUCAUUUGUGUAGUAGCUUUGGUGUUCUGGGUAUAUCGCAUAGUACUUUCGUGGUUUCUUCAAUGCAAGCAUGGAGAUAGUUUCGUCGGAAUGUUGGAAGGUCAAGAUGCAAUGUGGGGUUUGGAAGAGGAUAAGAAUUGUGGAGUAGUCAACAUUGUGGCGUUUGUGGAAAACAGUGUAGUGAAUGGAGUGGAAGAUUUGCCUCAGAAACUAAGGAAAGUUUUUGUCAAUCGAUUCGAGAAACUUAUUUCCACCAAAAUGCAUCAGUUUCAAAAAGCAUUCUUGAAGAGAAAUCGUGCUUUUGGCUACUUCUACUGGACGAAUGAUCUUGGAAUUAAUUUAAGUGAUCACAUACGGCUUCUAGAACCAAAAUCCUCGAAAACUUAUCUCAGCGAAACUGAACUGCAAAAACUCGCAAGCUGGAUAACUACUGCUAAUCUACCGGUCAAGCAUGGAGCAUUGUGGGAAAUGUUGAUAUCAGCUAAGCCCAUGCUGAACGAACAUGGAACUGUUCAUAAAUUCCCCAUUUUUCUGCGAUUUCAUCAUUCGAUGGGAGAUGGAGUUGCCAUGCUCCGGUUCAUUAUGGAGGAAAUCAUGAAUCCAACUGAAAUGUGGACGUUUUCGCCGAAAGCCCAGGAAAAACCCAAACUGAUCAAAACUAUCCUAAUCUGGUUGAAAGCAAUUUACGAAUGUCCACUGCAACUUAUCCGCACACUGCAGAUGAAAUCGGACCCGAAUUGCCUGAACGGGAAGGUUUUAACUCCAAACAAGGUGGUUACAUGGCAAAAUGAAAAAUCAAUCUCAACAACUUGCCAUUGGCUUCCAUUGAUAGAGAAAAUUCAAACCAACCAACUGGGUGUCGCAUACUCCAGCGUGUUCAUAACGGCCCUUUCCGGUACGCUUCACAAAUAUUUCGACGCAAGAGGAGAGCACCCCAAACAAGUGACCAUCGCCAUACCCGUCCGAAUUAAACAUCAAGAACCCAUGCUUAAGUUGGAAAAUGCAUUCACUACUCCGAUGGUGCAACUUCCGAUUAAACCGGGUGUACACCUGGACGAUACUGGUAGACAUCACAAAUUGAUCAACAAGUUGGCUGCAAUUAAGCAGGCUACUGAAACGCUGAAAUCUUCCACCAAUAUACUGGUCAAUUACCUAACGGUAAUAAUCUUGGCAGCGACCUUUCCGGUGCCCAUUCUGGAGUAUCUAUCGAAAAUGUUUCGCAUCACCGCUUCGGUGUCCGUCAUGGCUGUUUUGAAAGAAACUCUUAAGGUGGGACCGUACGAACUAAAGGAUCUAAUCUUCUGGCCACCGACAUUCGGAACGGUGGGCCUGAACUUUUCAGUGUUUGUCUACGGCAAUCAACUGCAACUGUCGCUGCUGGCCGAUCGAAAUGUGCUUCCAGCAGUUGAUGACGCAACGGAACUGUUGCAGGAGGUUCUGCGUGAGAUCGAACGAAUGGAUGCGGUUAUGGGAAAAUAAUUGAUCGAUGAAAAUACCUA